AUGGCGAUGCUACUGAGCACGCCAAAGAAGAGGUUGGUGAAGGGGGCGAGGAGGAGGAUGAACAGGGCGAGGAAGAGGAACAAGGCGAAGAAGCCAGACCUCGACGUAAAGAUUCUUCCUGCGGGGAUCCAAUUUAUGGUCGCGGCUCUUUUGUUCGGGAGCGAGGUCAGGGUUGAUGUUGACUGGCGCUUCUUCGAGGAGAUGACUACCGUCCAGAAGAAUAAUCCGAUCCCAGGACGCCAAGCUGGGGCCUGGGAGGCGUCCUUCUUUUAUGCAAAGGUGGAUGAGGCGCUGGUAGUUGAUACGACCAGAAACUUUAGGAACGAGUGGAGCAGUAGCAUCGAGCAAAACGUCCAGCUCGAAGCUUUCCCAGAGAAUUUUCACGUGAAUAUUCAGAAGAUCAGGGCCGUUGGGAUACAGCAUUGGCCUGAUAUACAUCGUCGACGAGUCGAGGCUUCCAUCACUCGCAUCACGAACGGUAAGCUCGACAUUUUUGAUAUUUCUUCCCCUCGCUGCACGCUGAAGGCCAAGAAGAGCGGGAGUAAGGAUCGGGGUCCUUCUGCAUCUCGGCCUGCACGCACGGAUCCGGUGCUGGCCCAAGAAGAGGUCGAGGUUAUUCCUCAACGCGAUGUGAACCUCGAGUCCGUUGAUGAAGGUGGGGUCGAGGCUCAGAGUGCCGAAGACCAAGUGGAAGCUCGGCAAAAGAAGGAGGAAGCCGAGGCUGCUCGCCUCGCCGAGAAGAAGGAGGUCGCCGAGGCUAAGGCGAAAGGGAAAAAGAAGAAACCUUCCGGGGAUGGCGACGAUGGCGGUCGAGUUGGAGCGGAGGCUGCGAGCAAACGACCUAAGGUUGAUCCACCUGCUAAUGACAAGGCCAAAGAGAUCGACUGGAGCUUUUCGUUCGAGUACCCCGAGUCGAACGAACCGUUUGUCAACAAUGUUGAUAAAUGCGCAGAGCUGUUCGGGAUGAUAAAGGGCUCCACCUCCGAAGUCCCUCCUGGUACUGAUGGGGCUUUCAAAGACAUGGCGAGCUUCGCCUUCAAGUUCAUCGCGAGCUGCAACCGCGCAAGGGGUCAAUACAUGCGUUGGCUCCGGAAUGGUGCUGCUCGGCUGAAGGAUGCUCAGGCUGCGGGUGAAAAGGCGGUGAAAGAGCGUGACACCGCUAUCGAGCAGCGAAGGGUCGCCGAGGACAAUUGGCAGACCAUGAGAAGAAAGGCGGAGCAGCUCGAUGCAGGGGUAAAGGAACUGACCGACAAGAUCGAGGCGAUGAAGCAAGAGAACCUGGAUUUGGUCAACAACCUUCAGAUUGUUAAUGAGGCUAAGAUCCAGGUCGAGAAGUCGAUCGCCACUGAGGUUGUCCGGGCACAGCGACAUGCUCAAGAGAGGAUUGAGGCAGAGACGACUCGUAUUUGGGCGGAUGCUGAGGCCAAGUACUCAGGUCGAAUAGAUCGACUGAGGACUCGCAUUGCUCAACAAGAGUCGAUUGAGCGAUUCAAGCUUGAUCUCGUGCAGGCUCGAGGUACACUGGAAUGCCUCGAUCUCUUGAAGGAGCAAGAGAUGUCUGAAGAGGAGUUGAGAGCCGAGCUCGAAUCAUCGAAGUGCGACUGCGAACAGAAACUCGAGAACCUCAGCCUCACAUAUCUUGAGGAAGGCGACUUGCCUCCGCCUUAUCCCGAAACUCUGGAUGGCGGUUCGGACCACGACGAUGUCGAGGAUGGAGAAAAUCGUGAGGACGGCACUCAGCCCGAAGAGUAG